AUGAUAGCCCAUUGCUGUUAUUUAUUCAAAUUUAUUAUAAUUGGUGAUGCCAGUACGGGCAAAACUUGUAUCUUGCACCAAUUUAUUGAAAAUAGAUUCAAACAAAUAACACCCCACACAAUUGGCGUAGAAUUUGGCUCACGUGUAUUGUCGAUUGGUGGAAAACAAAUUAAAUUACAAAUUUGGGAUACUGCUGGCCAGGAAAGAUUUCGUUCCAUAACGCGUUUUUAUUAUCGUGGAGCAGUUGCAGCUCUGCUUGUUUAUGAUAUUACAAAUCGUGGUUCCUACAAUUCCAUCCAAAAAUGGCUUGCUGAGGUACGCAGCCUUACCGGUUCAAAAAUCGUUAUUAUUUUAGUAGGGAAUAAAAAAGAUUUGGUGAGUGAACGUGAAGUGCGCUACUUGGAAGCAAGACAAUUUGCUCAGGAAAAUGAAUUAACUUUCCUGGAAACAAGUGCACUUAGCGGAGAAAACAUUUCGGAAACAUUUUACACGUGUGCAAGAGCAAUACUAGCAAGGAUCGAUUCAGGUUAG